AUGAAAUAAUCGUAAGUGAACAAAUUUCUUGCAAAUAUGACUAACAGACAAUAUCUUUAGAGCGUGGCAUCUCCUACAACGACUGCUCCAAGCAAACACAAAAAGAAUGGCAGCUCAACUAUCAUAACUGGAAAUAAAUACUUGGUAUAUGCUAAACAUUCUUCCAGAUUAUUCAAAGACUCUUCUUCUAAACUUCCACUCUUGACAACAGUUAUGAAAACAGAAUCUCAAGAUACUCCUAAAACAGCAAUAAUGAGAACACGCAAAACUAGUGCAAAUUUAGGAGACUUUCGUAUUACACAAUUACACCAUAGAAAUAAAACUGAGACUAUUCUACUUUAAAAUAACUUCACCAUUUCUAAAUAAGAGGAACUCAAAGAUAAUUUUGAGGAGGUCUAAAAAGAAGAAUAGCCUCAAAUACCUUAAGUUCAAAAAUCAAUAGAACCAAUAUAGUAAUAAUCUCUUGUUACAAAUCAUAUACAUGAUUCAAUUAAAAUUUUACCAAAAGUGCAUUUAACCGAAGUUUUAGGCGAGUCAUAUCAUUUUCCAUAAAUCAACUACAAUAGCUCUAAAAUAGCUAAAAUUUAAAUUAAAUCAUAGAUUAAUGAAAUCGAAUCCUUAAAUGAAAAGAGUUGCCAUCUGACGAGAAAACUUACGCAAUUAUUGAACACGCAUAGAGAAAAAUAAAAUUUGGUUGAUGUUGAAAUUAAAAAAAAGAAAGAAAUUCCUAACUUCACAGACCAUCAUGUGUUUACUUAAACCUUGAGUAACAUGCCUGAUGAAAGAAGUCCAAAAAUUAAUGAAUCCAAAUUUAAUUAAAAAUUGAGUACUAUUGCUAAGAAACAAUCCAAAAUAAACUAUAAUUAUAGUGUUUAAGAAACUGAAUCUCUAACUCCUUUGAAAACUAUAGUAGAGGCUCUAAAAGAUAAAAAGAAUGAUAGGAAAGACAAUAAAGAAAAAAAUAAUAGUGAACUCUAAUAAACAACCCAAUAAAAUUCAAGUAAAAAACUUAAAAUCACAGUUAUAUAUGAAGAGAAUGAAUAAUAAAUAGAGUUUCAUUUACCUAGCUAUGUUAAUGAAGCCUAGUCAUACCAAGAGUAGAUUGAAGUUAAGGAAACCAAACAAUCUAAUAUUUAUUCUUUAGUUUCAAAAUCAAUGCUUCAAAACAAAUUUGCUUUGAGACUAGUCAAAAAGUUUGGAGAUAGAGUCAUCUAGACUCAAGAAGAUAAUGAUGCAAUUGAAAAUUUCAAUUCUUUUAAAGCAUCUCAAUUCACUAGAUAUUAUCUAUAAAAUCAUAUCUAAAAAUGUUUAGAAACUAAGUACGAUACCAAAAUUGAGAAUGAUGGCAUUCAAAUCAAUAGAUAUGAAAUAUUUGAUUAUCCUGUCUGCUAAGAAACCUAUUAUGAAAUGCUCAGUAAGAGUUCUGGCUAAGUUGGAGUAGAUUACUACAACAUUUAAAUCAAAAAAAGCAAAACAAAAAGGCUAAGUGAAAUUCAAAAUACAUUCUACUAAGUUUCUUAGAAAUAUUUCGAUUUGCAUCCAAUUGACAAUAGUAUCUUAAGUCCUUCUGGAUCAUAAUUAGAUUUAAGUGACCUUGAAAUGCAAAACUUCUUUAAGAUUAAUUACAUUUAUUAUAUCUUAAAUUUAGUUUCAGUAAGCGAUUUAAAGUAAGCUCAAUUAAGAUUAAUUGUCAACACUAUAGACGAUGAAACCAAAAAUAAGUUCCUACAUGAAGAGUUAAUGAAAUUUCCUGAAAUCAUAAAUGUUAUAACUCAAAAUUAAGAAGAUCUUGAUAUCCAAUGUAUCAUUGUUUUUUAUAAAGAGAAAACCAAAUUGGCUUUGAAAGAUCAAAACAUAAUCAAGAAUUAAUUUACAAACAAGUUUUGCUCUCUUUAGGUUGGUUUAUUUGAAGAUUAUUUUAGUCACUAAGUUAGUGCGCUAGAAAAAAUAUAUAUUGAUGAUUGUAGAACCAUGAGAGACCUCGAUAAAUUAAAUAUUAAGGACAGAAUCAAAACUGAACAACCAUCUAAUCUGAAUAUCCCUUCUAUUUCUAGAAGCCGACUCCCCUCCCCAACAGGCUCUAGUGAAUCCAAAACCUUGUAGAAGGAGCUGAAUCCAAUGAUAACUAAAGGUCUAUUACUAAAGAAACACAAAAGACAGAAAAAUUUAUUGACCACUCAAAAAUUUGCUACUUCUACAAGAGUCAUCCAACAAGGGAGUUCCAGCAAUUUAUAAACCUUAUUGCAUGCCAAUACAAAUACAAACACAAACACAAUAUUUAAUCAAUAAAAAAGCUAGAAGUUCUAAACUCAAUAAAAAGAUACAGAACCUUAAGUCAAUAAUAAUGAAACCUAAAGGAAUAUUCAAAUGAAACAACAUUUCAAUUAAUAAUCAUCUAUGGAUCCCUCAUCCUUAUUAUUUCGAAAUAUGUUAUUAUAGGAAAGCUCUUAGAAUGAUAAAUCAAAUAUCGAAAGAGUAUUCUCCUUAAUCGAAGAUCAUAGAUUGAUAGAUUUAAAAGAUUUGCUCCAUAAUGAUCAAAAUAUCAAUAUCAAUACUCAAGAUUACAAUGGCAAUACAUUUUUAAUAUGGGCAGCUAGGACUGGAGCAAGAGAUGUGAUAUAAUUUUUAUUGCGCCAAGGAGCAGAUAUUUCAAUAAAGAAUAACUCUGGAAUGAAUGCUAUUUAAAUGGCUAUAAAUAACUACCAUUAUCAAGCAGCAGAUGAAAUAAAUAGAUUUGGUAGAUCGAAUUCUUACAUAGCAAAUUGA